UAAAUACACUCAUCAACCUUCGUUUCUUUCUGUGCUUUCAAUUCAACCUGUGAGAUCCGCGAGCUAAAACUCCCACACUCCACAGCUUUUCUUGUUUUCCUUUCCUCAGAUCAGAUCUUCACGCCGUUAUGCUUAGAACAUUAGCUAGGGUGUUCAAGCGAGCCACCCUUGCCAAUGACUUGCUUCAAAAACGCAGCAGAUUCUAUGCAACCACGGUUGGUGGAAGAAGUGACAGGUUAGAAGGAAAAGUGGCACUCAUAACUGGAUCAGCAAGUGGAAUCGGCAAGGCCACGGCCCAUGAGUUUGUCCAGCAUGGAGCCCAAGUAAUCAUUGCUGACAAUGACACCAAACUUGGCCCACAAGUUGCAAAAGAGUUGGGCCCAUCAGCCCACUACACGGAGUGCGACGUCACUGUGGAGGCCCAAGUGGCGGAAGCCGUGAACGUUGCCGUGGCCCACUAUGGCAAGCUGGACAUCAUGUACAACAAUGCGGGCAUCCCAGGCCCAUCAAUUCCACCAAGCAUAGUAGACCUAGACCUUGAUGAGUUUGAUAGAGUCAUGAGGAUCAACAUAAGGGGAAUGAUUGCUGGUAUAAAGCAUGCGGCCCGGGUCAUGAUUCCAGUGGGAUCAGGGUCCAUUCUAUGCACAUCUAGCAUAAGUGGGGUUUUGGGUGGGCUUGGGCCUCAUCCUUACACAAUAUCAAAGUUUACAAUACCAGGGGUAGUGAAAUCUUUGGCUAGUGAGCUAUGCAAAGUUGGGAUUAGGAUCAAUUGCAUAUCACCAGCUCCAAUUCCUACACCUAUGGUUUUGGCACAAAUUGGGAAGUUUUAUCCUGGUUUAACCCAAGAACAGAUAGUGGGCAUUGUGAAUGGGUUUGGUGAGCUCAAAGGUGCUAAGUGUGAAGACAUUGAUGUGGCAAAGGCUGCAUUGUACUUAGCAUCAGAUGAAGCAAAGUUUAUUUCAGGUCAAAAUCUCAUUGUGGAUGGAGGGUUCACCAGCUUUAAAAAUCUUACAUUCCCUUCUCCAGAUCAAACUGCUUAACCUCAACUGUUUAUUGAGUAUAAUUUCUAUGCAUUAUUGUCGGUGUAAAUCAACCAACGAGGAAUCAUGUUAGGUAUAUGACAAUUAUAAUUGGAUGAGUUUAAAAUUUCUUUAUAUUGUCAGUAUAUAGACUAUUUUCUCUUGUUGAUUUAUGUAAUGUAUUAUGGUUGGUUUAAGAGUAUGUUGAAGUAUUUUUUUUCUUUUA